AUGAGUAAAAUCUUACAACCGAAUCCUAUAAAAUUUGACAACCAAGUAUUUGACUUGGCCUUUCAUCCACAACAAAAUAUUAUCGCUUCUGGUUUGAUUACUGGCGAAAUUUUUUGUCACCGAUACUUUUGCGAAAGCGACGCUAAAAACAUUAAUUUGUUAUCAAUUCGUCCACAUAAAAAAUCAUGUCGUGGACUGGAGUUUAACUAUGACGGAACUGCUUUAUUUAGUGUAUCUAAGGAUAAAUCAAUUCAAGUUAUUGACUUAGAAACGAGAAAAGUCUUGAUAAAGAAUCGUGAUGCACAUGAUAAGCCUAUUAAUUGUGUAUUACGCUUGAACGAAACUUUGCUGGCUACAGGUGAUGAUGAUGGCUGCAUUAAGAUAUGGGACACACGAACUGGCAAUAGUCUUAUGGAAUAUUCCGAUCAUGUGGAUUUUAUUUCAGAUUUCUCCUUUCGUGAUGAUAUUAAAACGCUUGUUUCAACAAGUGGAGAUGGAACACUAUCUGUAUACGACAUACGGAAACCAGACCUGGUGGCUAUGUCAGAUAAUCAAGAUGAUGAAUUACUGUCUGUUACAGUUGUGAAGAAUGGUAGGAAGGUAAUUACUGGAACUCAAGAUGGUGUUAUCAAUUUAUUUUCGUGGGGAAAAUGGGGCGAUUCCAAUGAUAGACUUGUAGGACACCCAAAUUCAGUAGAUACGAUUGUCAAAAUAACUGAAGAUUUGGUGUGCACAGGAUCUAGUGAUGGUAUAAUAAGGGUCGUUGAAAUCCUUCCGAACAAAUUUUGUGGGGUUGUCGGUGAUCACGAAGAUUUUCCUAUUGAAUGUAUACGAAUAUCUUUUGAUAAUACAUUUCUUGCUAGUUGUUCUCAUGACAAUACUGUGAAAUUAUGGGACAUUCGAUAUCUUUACGAGAACAAAACUGACGAUUGUUGUGAUGAAACUGAUACAAACAUGAGGCCCAUUGAUUUUGAUAGUGAUAAUAAUAGGAAAAAGAAAUCUAUAACUACCACAAGUCUGAACAAUAACUUCUUUGCUGAUCUGUAA